AUGCAAGCCGCAGAGCCGCCCAUCUCAAAGGAGGACUCACAGAUGCUCUAUGGGAUGCAGUACCUUGCCACCGCGACAUGUCCAAAGGACGACUACGAGGGUUGCGGGACUAAUCUCCGCUCCACGAGUGCCGAGGGUGGCGACUCGCCCGUGUCUACUCAUCUUGCCGCCCUUCGCCAAGGAACCAGCUCCAAGACCAUGAUGCUAUUCGUUCCAGCCCAGGAUAUGCUGCUGCCCUCUCCUAGGCGUUCCGCUCUCCCGACGUUCCGCUUCCGAUUGCGAGCGCACAGUGAGAAUUCCGCCCUCUUGGCGACCGCGGACCGAGGCGCCAGCACGCAAUCGAAGUGA